AUGGCCGGUCUCACCAAGAUCCAAGGGUUCGACCUAAUCCAGGAGACCUACAAGUACGUCGGCGACCAUGCAAUCCGCGCCGAUAUCCUCGUGCCCCAGACAAACUACACCGGCAAAAGACCUGCAAUUGCCCGCUUCCACGGUGGAGGAUUGGUGAUGGGCGACUCCCUCUACAUGGACUGGUUCCCCUACUGGCUCUCGGACCUCGCCCUGCAGCACGAGGCCGUAAUCAUCAGCGCGAAUUACCGGCUUAUGCCACAGGCAACGGGAGUAGACAUCUACAACGACGUCGAGGACUUCUGGGCCUGGUUGUUUCAAUCCGAUACCGUGAGCGACAUCCUCACGGCGCACACGACGCCCACGGAGAUCGACUUUGCGCACCUCCUCGUGACCGGAGAAUCGGCGGGCGGAUUGCUGAGUAUCAACUCGGCGCUAUCACAUGCGGCAAGUGGAAGGGGUAGAGACAGAGAUGGGAUUACCGCUGCUAUCGCCAUGUAUCCGACUGUCGACAUGAGUUCCCCGGAUUUCACGCAGCCGCGCACGAUUCCGCCGUUCGGGCAGCAUUUUGACGAGUCGAUCAUCGAUGAGAUUCUUGCUGGUGUGCCGAAGGAGGAGCCGAUUUCUUCAACAGACGGAGACUAUCUGCCCCUCAUGCUCGCGGCUAUCGAGUACGGGCGCCUAGGAGGCUGGUACGCGCGAGGUCUAAAGGGGUCGUCUUUACCCAAGGAAGCUCUAUACCCACUGAAACAGGUCGAGAAAAAAGGGAAGAAAGUCAAGGUUCCACGCGGAGGAAUUACCAUAAUUCAGGGGUUGAAUGACACCGUGGUCCCGGCUGACCACUCGGAGCCAUUUGUUGCAAAAUUGCGGAAGGUUACCAAAGGGAAGCCAGUGAAUGACUUGAUUCAGUUUGUUACGCACGAGGGAGAGCAUGGGUUCGAUGGGGAACUGAGGUACGCAGAGGAAGAGUGGCUGCGGGAUGCGUUGGAGCCUGUUGUCAAGGCGUGGCUGGAGUAG